UAGUGUGACAUUUCCCGAUUCUUCGACGUAGUUUCCCGUGCAUCUCCUGAAAUAUAAAUGACAUCCCGGGUGUAUCCGGCGUAAGGAAAAGCGCAGGCUGCAGAGCACGAGACUGCAGUCGCUCCGCCCGCGCCAUCGCACCUGCCCGCGCUGCAUCCGCACCCGCGCCUCUCCAGCCCCGCAGCGCCGUCCAUCAUGCUGCGUCCGAGGUCCCUCAGCCCCAGCGCCGACCCCGCGCCCAGCUGGUCACCGCAGCCAUCAGCACCCAGUCCUGCCAAGCGCCCCCGCCUCCACCAGGAGCCCGCGCGCCCUGAGCCCCUGGUUCAGCCUGAGCUGGAAGCGCCCGCCGGGCCCGCCACCAGCGCGCUUACCUCUGUGGUGUUCCUGGCCGCCGGCUGCGCCCUGCAGCUACCCGUGGAUGGCGUCGACCUGCUGCUGGAGCCUGAGCCCACUACGGUCCUGCAAGUGUCGCUCCAAGGACACACCAUCCUCCUGGUCCCCGAGGGACUCCUGACAGGACCCCAGCCUGAACAGCCUGGAUUCGUGGCCACCAGCCCACAGGGAGCCGCUCCCCAGGACGUGCCCCAGGACCACCUCGUCGGCCUCCAGCAGGAAACCUGUGAGUACUUCUACCAAGAGGAUGUCUGUGAUGAGGAUGCAGACUUGGACUUCCUGGCGUCCUGGGAUAGGCCUCCAGAUGGCCAGGCCGCUGGGAGACUUUCCUCCAUCACAGGGGUGCCCAGUCCUUGGUCUCAGGAGCCUAUCUCAGAGCCUUCCACUGGAGCAGAGAGAUCCAUCUGGGAAUUGGACAACUGCCUGCUGGUUCUCUCCCCUGGCUCACCACUGCAGCCUCUGCCUCCAUCUCCUUCCCUGAGUUCUCAAGAGCGGCUUCCGCCAAGCCCUCCAUGCUCUCCCCGGGCCCUUUGCAAGGCCCGGAAGCGACUGGUUUAUGAAUGAACUGUCCGGCACAAAUCCUUGACGGCUCCCUGCAAGAGAACCCCUUCCC